GAGCGCAUGGAGUCGACUAUCAAGCCCUUCGUCCAAAAGUCAACGGAGAUCAACCACUUCCUCAUUGAUGUUUUGAACGACAAGCUCGGUCUGCCCAAGGGGUCACUGGCGGAGUUUCACAAGGCGCAAGAGCGCAGCUUUUGCAUCUCGCGGGUCAUCCGUGCUCCUCCGCGCCUAGUACCAGAUGAGAAGGUGUUCCUAACGGCACACACGGAUUACGGGUCAUUGUCAUUCCUCCACAACCGUCUUGGCGGCUUGCAAGUCCUUCCGCCAGGUUCGGACAAGUGGCUGUAUGUCAAGCCGAUUCCGGGUCAUGCAAUCUGCAACGUCGGCGACGCGCUCAACAUUUUCAGCGGCGGCAUUAUCCGCUCCAACAUCCACCGUGUCGUCCCUCCUCCGAAGGAUCAAGGGAAGUACGACCGCUGGUCUCUGAUCUACUUCACUCGCCCGAACGAUACGGCCCCGCUCAAGCAUCUGGGCAAGAAGAGCCCUAUGAUCGCUGAGGCGGUCGCAAGGGCUCCUGCGGGCAAGUAUGAGCCCGGUAUGACGAUGGCAGAGUGGAUGGUUAGGCGCAUCAGGGCGAAGCGCGGUGCCAAUUACAACGUACGUGCUCAGUGCAUGCUGCGUGCUGCGUGGGUGCGGGUGGUUGACGCUCGUUUGAACUCUGCAGGACCCGGAGAGUCGGAAGCUCAGACGUGGGACUGCGGAUACUGCUAUUCCUGA